CGGGCAAGAGAGAGAAGGUAUAAAGUAUUACUUGUGCCCAAUAGCACUUCUAUGGACUUCUGCAAGCAUUCAAGCUGUUCUGCUCUUCAGGAUGAACUUCCUCCUCCUUGGAUUUCUCUCAACCGUUUCCGUCCUUCAACCAUAUUUCAAUGCUGUUCAAGCAGAUUCUUAUCCAUCGUAUCCUCUCGAUGCAGUAGAUAAAUUAGCGACAGAAGGUCUUGCGAAGCUUGCGGCAUAUCAAGCCAUGCAUGAUCCGAAUAACACUUGCACGGUUGAAACGGUAUAAAACGCCGUGAAUGGUAAGGUUUGAGUGACUCCCGAGUAUCCAAAGCUCUAAACUUUUGCAGGAGUGACCUUUCAGGAGCGCAUCGAACCGCGUAUAUAAAUGCCGUACUUGCCUGCAGUCCAAAGAAUCUAUCACGCCUCCUGAGCUUGUUCCAGGUGCUCGAAGUCGCUAUGAUGAUUUUGUUGCCACGCAUAUGAAUCUGACUUAUAUCAUCCAUAGAACAGUAGGUACAAGCUAGAGCUGAAGUCGUUGUGAUAUCAUCUAAUGACAUAGGGAAAUUUCUUGGCCUGGCAUAGGUAUUAUAUCUAUACAUAUGAAAAAGCACCUCGUGAAGAAUGCGGCUACGAAGGAUAUCAGCGCGUGAGUCUUCAAGUCAUUUAUUUCCAUAAUUCAUUCGCACACUCUGCUACAGAUCGCAAGUCUCGAGUUCUCACGUGUUCUAUUUUUCGGCUUCCUCACUACCACACCACUAACCAACCUCAGUAUUGGAACUGGGGAAGAUAUGCUGACGAUCCAAUACACUCCCCGCUGUUCGAUGGAAGUCCAACUAGCAUGAUUGGCAAUGGCUUAUACUACAACCAUACUGGUGUUCCUAUUGCCGGUGCACCGCCGCCAUUCAACAUGAUUCCACCUGGCGUUGGUGGAGGAUGUGUAACUACAGGACCAUUCAAAAAGUACAAUUCUCGCUUCAUUCUCCUGUCUAGAGCACCAUCAACUUGCUAAAUUACGUUGUAGUAUGACUGUUCAUCUUGGUCCACUUUCUGCGACAAUCUCAGGCACACCGGUGAACCCACAAGCCGACGGGUUCGGCUACAAUCCACGAUGUCUACGCCGCGACGUGAACGUUCAUAGCGCUGCUUUUACGAAAACCAACUAUACCCACGACCUCGUAACGAAUCCUUCAAAUGCAGAUAUAUAUUGGCUUCAGGCUGUCAUGCAAGGCUUGUUCAGUAUAGGGCAGUGGGGUGUUCAUACAGGUGGUCAUUUUAUUAUAGGGGGCGACCCAGGCGGGGUAAGUGAAUCUCUCUGUGAGAACAAGGCCCUCUCCACAGAAUCAAAAGUGUUAAUCAAUGUGCGUAGGACUUUUUCGCCUCUUCGGGUGACCCAGCUUUCUUUCUUCACCACGGCAUGAUAAACAGGGUUUGGUGGAUAUGGCAAAUCCAGGAUUUGUUAAAGAGACAGAGUGCUAUUUCAGGAACAAUUACUUUGAAUAAUGUUCCUCCUAGCAGAAACACUACGCUGGAAGAUCUACAAGAUAUUGCAUAUAAUGCAGGUCCUGUGCCGUUGAAAGAUUUGAUGAGUACACUGGGCGGGUUGAAUGGAGAGAUGUACUACAUCUAUGCAUAAUUCGAGAUGAGGAUUAGGCACUUCUCCAAUAUCGAAGAGCUUAAUAGUUUACUCUGAAGUUUGAUAA